GUGUGCAGAUGGUUACUAGAGUGAUGUUGUUGCCUUUAAUUUUAGCUGCUUUAGGACUGCAGGCAGUGGAUGGGGAAACGGUCACCUUCCUUGGGCAUAUAUCAAGGAACAAAGACGAUUAUCCUUCCUUCGUGUCCUGCCCCACUGGAUACUUUGGUAUACGCUGCGCCUGCUCCAAUGAUUCUGACGUGUGUGACGGGGCGUAUUUUGAUAGUAACGGCGGGUGCACUGCUUUUAACACCUUGAAUAAGCCUGGAAUAAGAGCACAAGUGACAUGCGAAAGUUUGGGGUCUGUGAUCAAUACCGUCAGUGUGGCAAGUACUAGUAAAGGAUGGUCGAACAAUCCUGUGGCUUCAUGUCCCAGCGGCAGCCAUCUUAUCGACUGCAAUUUUCAUUAUCCGUGGAUUCAAUUUGAGACUAACAGAAUCUUUAACAUCAACUCUGAUGCGCAGAAUGGCCAGUGCAGUCUUGACAGAACAUGUGCACAUGGAGGAGGCUGUAGAGUUUACGCCUUUUGCAUUUUCUUCGCCUAAGACUUAGCGCGCAUGCCUGAGAUCCACGCAACAGGAAAUGUGAAAAAAUGGAAGCAGAAAGAUGGCACAUCUUGACGAAAUCCUGCAAAAUGCCUUGCUUAGAUCAAUUUUUCCACUUCAUGGUCUGACAAAAGCUAAAGUGCUAAAAAUCUUGCUCUUUCACAUUACUUACCACGAUACCUAGAUAGACUAUGGGAUUGAACUCUACAUGUAAUUGUUGGUUGCUGGUAAUAAAUAGGC